AUGACCAAGAGAAACAUUCUGAUCGGGUGCACCGGAAGCGUGGCCACGAUCAAACUACCGUUAUUGAUUCAAAGAUUGCGUGAUUCUAACCCGAAUCUGAACAUUAAAAUCAUAGUUACCGAACACGCACAGCAUUUUUUCGCGACAUCGGACAUCCCCGCGAACGUCGCCAUCUAUCGGGAUGCCGACGAGUGGAGCAGCUGGAGCGGUCGGGGCGAUCCGGUAUUGCACAUCGAGCUGGGCAAGUGGGCCGAUCUGAUGGUGUUGGCACCGUUGGACGCCAACAGUCUGGCCAAAAUGGCCCAAGGGUUGUGCGACAAUCUGCUACUCUGCACGGCGAGGGCAUGGGAUUUUGGGAAACCACUGCUGUUUGCUCCGGCCAUGAAUACCCGAAUGUGGGAACAUCCGGUGACGGGGCCACAGAUCGAGACGCUCGUGUCGUGGGGCUGUAGGGAAAUUCCGUGCGUGGCCAAGACGCUGAUGUGCGGAGAUACGGGGCUGGGUGCGAUGGCCGAAGUUGAUACGAUUGUGCAGCAGGUGCUGGGGUGUUUGGGAGAGAUGGAAUCGCGCAUGGUUUAGCUAAUAAAUGUGUUUUUGUGGUACAAA